GAGCAUGUGUAAAUGCCGCUUAGCUGUUAGCAUUUAGAGAUGGCCUCAGACAAGCAAAACGACGCUAAACUGUCGUCUGUGGAUGAAAACAAAAAGAACUCAUCGGAUGGAGGACUUGGACUCGAAAUUUUGCAAAUAAUCAAGGAGUCCCAGCAGCAGCAUGGUCUCAGACACGGAGACUACCAGAGAUACCGGGGUUACUGCUCCCGUAGAAUGCGUCGCCUGCGCAAAACUCUUGGUUUCAGGAUGGGCAACCGACACAAGUUCAUUGGGAAGAAAAUAACGGUCGAAAUGCUCUCUGAUAGCAGGUAUCUGUUGCUGGUUUUGAUGGAGGCCGAGCGUGCGUGGAGUUACGCCAUGCAGCUGAAGCAGGAGGCUAACACAGAGCCACGUAAGCGCUUCCACCUGUUGGCACGACUACGCAAGGCAGCCAAGCACAGCGAGAAACUGGAGAAGCUCUGCGAGAGCCCGCGCGUUGACGCCAAGACCAAACUCGAGGCGCAGGCCUACACUUCAUACCUGACUGGUAUGGUGGUGUUUGAACUGCAGGAGUGGAAGCUCGCCAUGGAGGCCUUCAACAAGUGCAAGACCAUCUAUGAGAAGCUGGCCAGUGCUUUCACAGAGGAGCUGGCAGUUCUGUAUCGCCAGCGUGUGGACGAGAUAUCGCCCAACAUCCGCUACUGUGCUUACAACAUCGGAGACCAGAACGCCAUCAAUGACUUGAUGCAGAUGAGACUGACUGGAGGAGGAGGAGGCAUGAUGGCUGAGAAACUAGAGGCUCUGAUCACUCAGGCAAGAACCAAGCAGGCAGCCACCAUGAGCGAGGUGGAGUGGCGAGGGCGGUCGGUGCCCGUCAAGAUCGACAAGGCCCGCAUCUUCCUGUUGGGUCUGGCAGACAAUGAAGCCGCUAUCGCUCAGACGGCUAACGAGGAGACCAAAGAGCAUCUUUAUGAGACCCUGCUGGCCGAGUGCAGAGACACCAUCCAGGCUGUGAGAGAGGAACUCAAGAGCGAGGCGAAGCAACGCGAGAGGGGCUCUGAAGGUGACGGCGGCAAGGUGUCCAACCUGCAGUUCCUGCACAGUUACCUAACCUACAUCAAGCUGUGUACGCUGGUGAAGAGGAAUGAGAGCAUGGCCCAUACCCUGCAGGCUAAACUGAAGGAGCCCGAAGCAGACGAGAGCAAGAGAGGGGCCCGUCCACAGGAUCUCAUCCGCCUCUACGACAUCAUCCUGCAGAGUCUGGCUGAGCUGUCCACCCUGCAGGGCCUGGAGGAUGACCACACCUUCCAGAAGGAGGUGUCCCUCAAGACGCUGGUCUACAAGGCCAACAGGUGUUUCUUCAUAGCUCAGUCGUACGUGCUGGUGAAGAAGUGGAGCGAGGCCUUAGUGCUGUAUGAGAGGGUGCUGAAAUAUGCCACGGAGGUGCAGUCCAAGACCAAGAACCUCAAGAACAGCCUCGAGGAUCUCCCUGACGUCCAGGAGCUCAUUGCUGAGGUCAACGCUGAGAAAUACUCCCUUCAAGCUGCUGCUAUUUUAGACACUGAGGAGACUGCUGACGUCAGCUCCCAGCAGCAGGUCAAAGACAACACGCCCCUCUGCGACCGCCUGGAGACUUUCCGCCUGGAACCGUCCCUUGUGGGAAAGCAGCCCAAUUUGGUCCAGUUCCCUCCUGACUUCCAGCCAAUUCCCUGCAAGCCCCUGUUCUUUGACCUUGCCCUCAACCACGUGGCCUUCCCAUCCCUGGACGACAAGGUGGAGCAGAAGGGCAAGGGUGGUCUCACCGGCUACAUCAAGGGCAUCUUUGGCUUUGGCAGCUAAAUGGAUCCUCCGGGCUUUGGAUUCAACUGGAGAGCCGCAAGGUCCCGAGUUCACCACAAACAACCGGCCCUGGGGCGGUCGUUAAUUAGAAUACUUAAAAUUACUUUCAUGUUUUAUUAUUUUAAUUUCUCUUCUUUUUUUGCCUAAGCGCAAGAUGAGUGGAGUUUGCAGCUCUGUGGGCGGCGAUGAAGUGAUCGGAUCAAUUUCAAGUAGCAAUAUGGCCUAAGUUCAACUGCCACCUUCAGCAACGGCAUCAGGCUGCAGCCACUCCCUCCUCACUCUGACAUGAGGCGUCGGUGUCUUUCAGGCUCUACGGGUUGCCAUGUCUGCAGCUACAGACGAGUCAUCUGUCGUCAGUCUCACGAUCCCGUCUGAGAUAACGAAACCACUUGGUCAGCAUUAGGACUGUUUUUGUUUCUUUCUUCUAAUUUUUUUUUUUCACCGUCAUGUAAGCGCCUUCAUUUAACAACGUCAGUUAUUUGUCUUUAUGCGAGAGAUGUUGUCGGCGUCUUUUUUUUUUUUUUAAAGGUAAAAUUGACAAAGUGCAGUUUUGUUAGUGCAGCUACUAUAAAACCUAAAGUAGUGCUUUCAAGCAGCGUCAAUGUUCAGUGAAAUGUAGUUCAGCAAACUGAAGCUGUUUUAUCAAUCAUCAUAUUUUUCAGAAGACUUCUGCUGCGAUCCAAUUCUUCCCUCCACCUCUGCUUUGUUUUUUGUUUUAUAAAUGUGCAUGAAUUGUUUUUUUAAUUUGUCACCUCCAACCUACACGGGUCAUAAUGUAAAUGUUGUCCUGUAUGACAUUAGGCACCAAAAGUGCCAUCGUGUUCGAGAAGCGUCCAACUGCUUCAACCCGUCUGAACGGAAGCGCAAGCCGCCAUCUUUAACGCCCCUCCGCUCGCUGAGGGCCGUGUGGAACCAGUGCAGCGCUUCACACUGUCAUCAAUUCAGGUGUUGUGUUUUUAUUUUUAUUUUCAUUUCAUCAAAAUCAAUGUUGUAAGAGGAGCAGUCGUCAUUGGUGACUGGAGGGAGUUUUCAGCAGCCUUUCAUUCAUUCACACCUGUUUGUUCGUCAUGAGUGGGACUCGAAUGUUGUCAUCAGCAAUGGCGUGUCGAUGAAUAUUCUGUAACUAUAAAAACCUUUCUUGAUAUAUUUGUUGUCAUAACGACCACAUCAAAGCAGCUCUCACCCUCUGGUCCUUCAGGACCUUGUUUGUCUGCCGGUUAAACACGAGCUCGAGGAUUUGUUUAGUGUCUCAUUUUCACUCGAACAUUUAACUGUUAUGCUUUUUUUUUUUUUUUUUUUUUUAAUAUAAACGUUUUUGGUUCGAAUUUAAGUAUUUUUUUCUCUUUUUGUUAAAUAAUUAAGAUGGAAGUGCUGGAAUAGUUUCAGCACUUUGCCUCGCUUUGGCCUGGAAAAUAAACGGGAUCAAUAUUUGUUGGAAUGAGAAAUGACCUGAUGAAAAAUGUAUGAAUUGAUUUAAUUUCCAGACCUAUGAUUAAAAUAUAUUUGCACCAAA